GAGCCUAGGAACGACAUGAACCAGGGUUCGAAAGAAGUCUUCACAGUCGUUUCCUCUGCCACUCUGCGCAAAAAGCAAGUCUCCAGGCUAUAUGGUGGAUAGAGCCUCAGUGGCCCAAGCACCAAGAUGCUCCCUCUAGUGUCUUGUAUGCUCACAGGUUUUUCCUGACCUUGGAGAGGCCGGCGAUCUAAGGCCAUCUACUACAGUAAAGCUAAGGAGCUUCCAAUCAAGUCCCGCCUGCCUCUGCAGUGCCGGGGUUAGAGCUCUGUGGACGUAAGGUCUGCCGCUAGUUUGCUUCCUCCUCUUCCAUUGGCCCCUGGGAGAUGGAGGCAGCUUUUUUUUUACCGAUUGGGCGGGGCCCAAUCAAGGGAGGGUCGGGUCUUUGAUAUCUUUUUUUGCCCGGUUCCAAGAUGGCGUUAAUGACCACGCUGGGAAUUCAGCGUGAAGCUGCAGUUCUGCCAUUACUCAAGAUGGCUGCCCCCAUCAAGAUGACCGGGGUGUGCUGGGGGGAAAGCGGUAGCAUGAUGGUUUGAGACGGUCUAGCGUCGGACAAUGUGGAAGUUUCUGGGACUGGGGAGCCGGAUGAUGGGGGGUGGGGCCCGUGGGGGAUAGCGGGAGCAAUAGCGUCCUUUCCCAGGCUAACCCCGGCCCAUCCCCUGUCUUCUGUACUGAAAUGGGGAACACGUUGGGCCUGGCACCGAUGGGGGCUUUGCCCCGCCGGAGUCCGCGUCGAGAGGAACCUCUGCCCAACCCUGGGAGCUUCGAUGAGCUGCACCGGCUAUGCAAAGGUGGCUCACACCGUGCACAUGAGUGCUCUGGGCUUGCCCGGCUACCACCUCCAUGCAGCCUAUGCUGGGGACUGGCAACUUAGCCCCACGGAGGUGUUCCCCACAGUGGUAGGGGAUAUGGACAGCAGCGGCAGCCUCAACGCCCAGGUCCUGCUCCUCUUGGCAGAGCGACUGCGAGCCAAGGCUGUCUUCCAGACGCAGCAGGCCAAGUUCCUGACUUGGCAGUUUGAUGGCGAGUAUCGGGGAGAUGACUACACAGCCACUCUGACCCUAGGAAAUCCUGACCUGAUUGGGGAAUCAGUGAUCAUGGUCGCUCACUUCCUGCAGAGCCUCACUCAUCGGCUGGUGCUAGGAGGAGAGCUAGUUUAUCACCGGCGGCCAGGCGAAGAGGGGGCCAUCUUGACCCUGGCUGGGAAGUACUCUGCUGUACACUGGGUAGCUACGUUGAAUGUGGGAUCAGGUGGGGCCCAUGCAAGUUAUUACCACAGGGCAAAUGAACAGGUUCAGGUUGGAGUGGAGUUUGAGGCGAACACAAGGCUACAAGACACAACCUUCUCCUUUGGUUACCACCUGACUCUGCCCCAGGCCAACAUGGUGUUUAGAGGCUUGGUGGAUAGUAACUGGUGUGUGGGUGCUGUGCUGGAGAAGAAGAUGCCCCCGCUGCCCGUCACUCUAGCCCUCGGAGCCUUCCUCAACCACUGGCGUAACAGAUUCCAUUGUGGCUUCAGCAUCACUGUGGGCUGAGGUUGUCCCAGAGUCAGCCACCACAGCAGUGGAAUCUCUGAGUCAGGUGCCCUAGGGCCAGAGACUAGGCCUCUUUCCAGAGCCCACCUUGCUGGGUCACCUCUAGGUCCCAGGAGCAGAGUGGGGGACAGGACCAUGCCCUCCUCAGAACUGGAGCUGUCACAGGGGCAGCUGAUGAGGCAAUGGUUUGAGGCUCCCACCUCUGCCACCAGCCUGGUAUCAUCUUCCCAUGCUCUUGUGGCUCUAAAGACUAAAGGAGAAGGAUUAAGGGGUAUGUCUGGGUGAAUUGUCUCUCCUCACUCCCCCCUUCUUCAUUCUCCCUAUGGAUUAAAGCUCCUAGCCUCUUCCUCUUCAGAGCAGAAAAUUCGGCAUGGGAUUACCUCCCCAUUUUGUUUUCCAUCCCAGAGACUCCCAAGACUGGGAAAAAAGGGCUGAAGGGCUAAAUCUUUGACCUCAGAAAGUGGGGCCCACCCAUUCCCAGAAGGAGCUUCUUUACCUCUUAGCCCUGAGGCUUCCUCCUUCCCCAUCUUCUGUGCUUCCAGAGAACAACUUUGUCCCCAAGGUCACCCUCUCUCCCCCGAUGACUGCAUGAAGAGGCAGUUAUUACUUUAGUCUUUCAUUGCAACCACUGGGCUUCCUUUCUACAAAUCCCAACCUCUGGUCCCAGCAUUUCCCCCUUUCCAGUCCAGUGUGUUCAGAUGGGCUGGGGAA